UUUUUCAAAGAUAAGACAGUUUUAGACAUCGGUUGCGGAACCGGAAUACUCAGUCUUUUCGCAGCCAAAGCCGGCGCCAGACUUGUUGUGGCCGUCGAUCAAAGCGAAGCAAUAUAUAAGGCAAUGGAUAUUGCGAUCGAAAACGGCAUGAAUUCAAAGAUUAAAUUCAUUAAAGAUAAGUUAGAGUCUGUGGUCUGGGAAUCACACGGUUUGCCGCAGAAGUACGAUAUUAUUAUCUCUGAAUGGAUGGGAUAUUUCCUGUUGUUUGAAGGAAUGCUAGAUUCAGUCCUUUACGCCCGAAACACAUGUCUCAACGAUUCCGGCGCUCUUUUGCCUAACAGAACCUCUCUAUCGAUUGCUGGCAUUAAUGACAUUGAAUUACAGAAUCGAUACAUUGAUUUUUGGGAUAAUGUCUACGAUUUUAAAAUGUCUUCAAUGAAGAGUGAAGUGAUCAAAGAUGCCUUAAUUGAGAGCAUUUCUUCCGAUGUGAUCGCAACGAGUGUUUGUGUCGUCAAAAAGUUUGAUUUAAUGCAAUGCCUUCUGGAAGAGACGCAACACUUCGAGACUGAUUUCCAAUUGGUUUCUCAAAGUGAUGGCAAUAUUAUUGCAAUUAUCGGAUGGUUUGACUGUAACUUUGAUUUGGAAGCGUUGGAACAUAAGGUGAUUCUCUCGACUUCGCCUUUCAGUGAAAGCACUCAUUGGAAACAAACGGUUUUUCUCCUCAAAAAGCCUAUUAUCACAAAAAUAGGCGAUAAAAUCGACGGCAAAAUCAAAGUUUAUCGAAAUAAAAAAGAGUUGCGUUCACUUGUCGUUCACAUCGAUAUCAAUGGUUGUGAUAAACAAACAUUUUAUUUGUCAUAA